CUCUGUCAGCGCCGGCGAUGGCCCGAGCCCGCUUACCAAAUAUCCUACGGUUCGUCUGGAUAUCGGUGCAUUGUCAGGGUGAACAACCGUGAAUAUCAGACUCCGAUGCAUCACUCCUCGGAGACAUCGGCAAAGGAGAACGCUGCGUUGAUUGCGUUCAACAUCUGCCGAAACUUCUCUGCCAAUGAUGGCAUGUAUCCGACAGGAUUCGCCCAUGGAGGUGUAAUUCAGGGCAACCCGGUGCCCGUUGGAUCUGGCCGUCAGAGUCGCAGGACUGCAACGGACAGCGUCCGGACUGAAUACCGUUAUGGCGACUCUGAUAGUGCUGGAAGCAGGAGUGGUGGAAGCAGCCCGGACUGGGGGCAGUCUCACCUCACUGAACCUGUUGUGCGCACAUCGACUUCCCGCCGUCCUGUGUACUCCUCGAAUAUGAGCCACUACAGCAGCCGACACAUGCCGCGCUACUAG